CUCUCCAACUCAAGCGAGAGACAGCGCACCCUCUGGCCUUGGGAGCAGCGGCGCCCAGCGAUCCCCGGCAGGGCUCUCCUAGGCCGCCGGUGACAUCACUGGCGAAACGGAUUCCAGGCGCCCGGCUCCUGGUUUUAAGAGACGUAGGUCGGUCAGUCCGUCUCUGCCUGUCGGCCGCGGAAGAGGGCUGCUCUUCGUGAGUUCCUGGGACACCGGAGGAGGAGGGAGAGCGCAGGCAGCGAGGGAAGGAGGACCCCGGCAGGCGACAGCAAGGAGUUCAGCCCCGCGCACUUCCCUGCUGCCUCCGCUGCUCGCGCUGGGCCUCAGCACCAGAAAGAAAAAGGAAUAGCCAGAAGGUGACAAUUUCUUGCCAAGAAUACUUCUGCUGUCAGUUAGACUAUAAAAGAAGAGAAAGACCUUUGUUCCAAUGGUAACAACAAGAAAAACAUUAAAAAAAAUAAAAAUCACAUUUUUCUAUGAAGUAGAGAAGAGUGGAGGAUUGGAAGAAGCUAACUGAACUGAAUUUUAUAGAGAAACAAACACUUCAGAGAAGAGAGAGCAGUAGCUACUUCUUUCUGGGGGUCAUUGCCAGGUCAUACCAUGGGAGGACUGAGAAUGCCAAGAGCUAGUUGGAGGAGACUGUAGAUUGGAGGAACCUCAGCUCAGACAAGGAAUUGUGCCUUUCUCUCUCCCACCCCACCUUUGAGAAAAACAAACAAACAAACAAACAAACAAAAAACAGUGGAUAAAGACCUAGUAGGUAAAGAGAAGUCACCCAGUCUUGGCCAUUCUCCAAAUGACUGGAUUCCAGAACUUUGUGAAAUUGAGAAACUAAGCAAACCUAUCUGAAAGUGUAGCCAAAUCUUCUAGCUCCCUUAUGGACACCAUCAAAAGCUAGCAGAACAUAGCAGAGAUCAGACUAGAGUCAAAAAUGAGACCCAUACUUAUAUAACCCAAUGGGUUCAACAAAUACGUCAAUGCACUUAAAAGGGAAAAGAGAAGUCUCUUUAAGAAGUGUUGGGAAAGCUUCCUUUCCAUAUGGGAAAACAACAACAACAACAACAACCCUGGUCUCUAUUAUACACCAAACAGAAAUGAAUUUGAGAUAGAUCAUACCCUUAACAUAAAAGCUAAAAUUAUAAAACUUCUUAAAGAAAGAUAUGUGUGAUAUAAGGAGUCUGCCUCUAAUUUGUUAUCGCUUCAGUGUCAUACCUGCCGUGGGACAGACAUUGCAACUGUGUCCCCACUGGCUUUAGCCUCUCAGUGACAAGUCCCCACAUCCACGGUCAGACAUGUAGAUUCUGUCCUGGGGGUAGUUACUGCAUAGGAGCCAAAACUGAGCAGAGAGAAGACCUCAACCUUUUUCUGGGAGACCAUUCAGGUGACCAGAAAAAUGGCCUCGGGGCUAAUAGCCAGGAGAGAGGCAGCCGUUGUGUCAUUCCAGGAUGUAGCUGUGGACUUCACCCGGGAAGAGUGGUGGCUGUUGAGCCACACUCAGAGGAUGCUGUACAGGUGUGUGAUGCUGGAAAACUAUAGCAACUUGGUCUCCCUGGGAAUCCCAUUUCCCAAGCCAACACUUGUCAUUCUGCUAGAGCAGGGGGAGGAACCCUGGACAGAAGAGGGUGAAGCUCUGCCCAGCUCCUGCUCAGCAGAUGCAAAGCCAGAAAUUCAACUUGGUUCCUCCUCUGCUCUGGACUUCUGCAGUUGGCAACGCCAACACAGGCUACAUGAUCAUUGCCUUCCAAUCUACCCAGGCUUGCUAGCAGGCACUCUCUGCCCAGCCUACCAGAAACAGCAGCAGCAGCAAUCACGCUCUUAUGAAAGCUUCUGCAAUGACAGAGUGAAAGACAAUGGCAGAGAAGAAGGCUCCAAAUCAUUGUUGGAUACGACAAGGAGAAGGUUCACCUCCAGAGCUUGCCUCAGCCCACCUGAUGGACAUCUAAUAAGCUUGAGGGAAGGCAAGACAGUGCUGGAAAUAAAGCUCAGCUCAGCUGAGAAGGCAAACCAUUUAGAAACAGAGAAAUUAUUAAAGUGGGUAGAUUUCUCAGGAUUUGAAGUAACGAAUUAUGGAAAUUGUGGGCUAGGCUUUAGCCAGAAAUCAGCCCUCUUUAUUCAUCAGAGGACCCACUCAGGAGGAAAGCCUUAUUUUUGCAGUGAAUGUGGUCGAAGCUUCAGCUAUAAAUCAGCUCUCAUCACACACGAGAGAUCACAUACAGGGGAGAAGCCUUACAUCUGCACAGAAUGUGGGCAAGCCUUUAGCCAGAAGUCUAACCUAGUCACCCACAAGAUGGCCCACUCUGGGGAGAGGCCUUUCGCAUGUGAGGAGUGUGGACGAAGCUUUAGCCAGAAGUCAACUCUCAUCAGACACCUGAGGACACACUCAGGGGAGAAACCCUUUGUGUGCCAGGAGUGUGGGCGGGGCUUUCGGGAUAAGUCAAACCUUAUCACCCACCAAAGGACCCACUCAUGGGAAAAGCCUUAUGUGUGUAGGGAUUGUGGGAGGCUUUUUAGAGACAAAUCAACUCUCAGCAAACAUCAGAGAAUUCAUUCGGGGGAGAAUCCACAUUUGUGCCCCGAAUGUGGCCGGAGCUUUAGUCAGAAAUCGUACCUCAUGAAACACAAGAGGACGCACUCAGGAGAGAAGCCUUUUGUGUGUCAGGAGUGUGGACGAGGCUUUAGUGAUAAGUCAAACCUUACCACACACCAGAGGACACACUCAGGAGAGAACCCCUAUAUGUGUGCAGAGUGUGGUCGAGGAUUUAGUGUUAAGUCAGCUCUCAUGACACACCAAAGGACACACUCUGGAGAGAAGCCUUAUGUGUGCCAAGAAUGUGGGCGAGGCUUUAGACAUAAGUCAACUCUUGUUGCACAUCAGAGGACACACUCAGGAGAGAAACCUUUUGUGUGUGGGGAAUGUGGGCGAGGCUUUAGACAGAAGUCACAUCUCAUCAGUCAUCAGAGAACGCACUCUGGGGAGAAGGCAUAUGUCUGCCCUGAGUGUGGACAAGCCUUUAGCCAGAAAGCAAAUCUAGUCAGGCACAAGAUGGCCCACUCAAGGGAGAAGCCCUUUGUCUGUAGGGAGUGUGGGAGAGGCUUUACCCAGAAGUCAGCUCUCAUAAGACAUCACAGGACACAUUCUGGGGAGAAGCCUUUUGUGUGCCAAGAGUGUGAGCGGGGCUUUAGUGAUAAGGCAACUCUCAGCACACAUCAGAGAACACACUCAAGGGAAAAACCUUAUAUUUGCAGUAAGUGUGGAGAAGGCUUUAGGCUGAAAUCACUCCUUGCUAGACACCAGAGGACACAUCCGUUGUAAAAAACCUUCAUGCACAAAAUGUGUAAGCAAGGCUUUAGUAAUAGAUCACAAAUCAUACCUCGUCAUGCAAGAAGAGAUAACUUUAGGGAAAAUCUCAUGUUGUCAAGGGUGGGACUUCAGAGAUAUCAACUUUCAUCAGAGGAUAGAGAACCUACUUGUGUGAAACAAUGGUUUUCGAUUAGUAGCAAUUUCAUCCCCUGCCUCUGUGACAGUUGGUGAAAUCUAGAGACAUUUUCUUUUAUCACAACUGGGAGGCUGCUACUGGGGUAUAACGGAUAGAGGUCAAGGAUGCUUCUAGACAUCCUAUGGUACACAGAGCUGCCUCCCACAAUAAAAGUCUCCCACCCUGUAAGACUUGGAUCUCUUCAAGGCUAGCUUUGGUUCCCAAAUCCCCACCAUUGGCUCAGAGGAAAAUUUCUUACUCUCUUGUAGCCUGAGUCUUUUGCCUAGACCUCCAUCCUUCCCACUCAUUCAAUCCAGAUCUGAUGCCUCUCCCUGCCUUCUUUAACUCUUUCCAUUUGUUUUCUCAAAUAUGGUUUUCCCAAUAACUCCUUGAACAUCUAAUUCCAGCCUCUUUUUCAGAAGACUCCAACUCACACAAUCACAAGGAAAGAAUGGUAACAUCAUAGUGAAACAACUAAGCCUACCUACAUCACAUUAACAAAAUUAAGCACUAACAUUGAGACAGAUUGCCAUCCUAAGCCCCCUAACAGGAUUCAUUGAAAAAGAUAACAUGUAUUUUCAAAAUAUGUUUCUGCCAAAAAAAAAAAAAAAAAGCUGUUACUUAAGUCUCAUCUCACAAGAAAUGAUUAAAUUAAGUAGAAUUUUAUAAAACAACUGUUCUUAAUUUUUAAAAACAUCAAAGCCAGGAAAAACACAAAAAGGCUGACAAAGUAUUGCAGGUUACAGGAGACUAUGGAGACAUGGCCAUACAAUGCUUGGUAUAGGAUUGACUUGUGGACUUUAUAUACUUAAAAAGUAUAUAUACUCUACUUAUACUUUAUAUAAAUACUAUAUAGAUGUGUGUGUGUGUGUGUAUACACUAUAAAGUAUAUAUACUAUACUUACACUUAAAAAGUAUAGUCAUGAAAGACUACAUACUAGACAAUAUCGCUUAAUCAAUGUUAAAUCAAUGAUAAAUGCAGCAUACUGUGGUCAUGAAAGUCAUCUUUGCUUUGAAAAUACACAAGUCAAUGUUUAGGAUUAAAAGAUACAAUGACUUCAACUUACAAAUUGUUAGAAAAAAAGAAGUGAUCUGAAAAUGUUCAUAGAAAACAAAAUAAAUAUAAAAAUAUAAACACAUUCUCCAGGAGUGGGAGGAAGAAAGAAAGACAGACAGACAGAGGGAGGGAGAAAGAGGACACAAGUAGAACCAAUAUGAACUCCUGAUAAAUCUAGUUAAAAGGUAUAUAACAGUGCCUUAUAGUCUUCUUGCAACCUUCUUUUUUUCUGAUAUUUUAUCAAAGUAAAAACAUAAGCAAAAAAGAAAAAAAAAUGAAAAAGAAGGAAGGAAGCAAGCUCCUGGGAUGGUGGGUUGGUUGGUGGUUGGAAUAAUUACUGUUAGUAUUGCACUUGUAACACAGCCUACAAUAACUCAACUCCUGAAGAAAUAAAAAAGAUUAACCCAUAUUCUAACUGACAGAUAAAGGAAAGGCCUUGCACUUUUUGAGAAGUAUCCAUACUUCCAUUUUUAAAAAAAUAAACAGUGUUCUGAAUAUGAUUAAAAAGGACCAGGUAUGGAAUGAAAUAGAAAAUGUAACCUUACUCAAAGGAAAAUGGUAGAAACAGACCAACAGGUCACCUAGUUACCGGAAAUCACAGCCAUGGCUUUAAAUCAAUUAUUAUAACCACUUUAAAGAGUUUAUAAGAGAACUGGCAGGUAAUUUCAAAAGGAAAAGCAAAAGUCAAAAAAAAAAAACAAAUAUGAAUACUAACAUUGAAAUAUGCAAUAUCUGAACUUUUUCCAUGCCUGCCAAUGCAGUAAAAUUAACUGCCAUUUUCCUUCCAUUUCUUUCUGAAAUAACUUUCAUGAAGAUGUAAAUGAGUGAUUUAAAUAAACCCAGAAAUAACAUUAGAAGGGAGCCAUUGCUUUGAAAGUUAUUCAUCGACUCAUUUUUUAGAACCAGGAAAACCAGUCAAUAAACCCUGAUCUAUUCAACCAUAUUAUGAAGAGGCACUACAUUUAAAAUUUGUUUUUCAUAUUCUGGACUCUAAAAAUUAUGCUAUUCCUCUCAAAUCUGUCAUUUGCUUCUGUGAUCCUUAUUUAGAAUUGUUUUUAUUUCCAAAUUUUAAACAGGAUAUUUGCUUUCUUUUGAAGCAUCUGCCCAUGGGGCACCUGGGUGGCUCAGUGGGUUAAGCCUCUGCCUUCAGCUCAGGUCAUGAUGCCAGGAUCCUGGGAUGGAGCCCCGCAUCGGGCUCUCUGCUCAGCAGGGAGCCUGCCUCCCCCUCUUUCUCUGCCUGCCUCUCUGCCUACUUGUGAAUUCUGUCUGUCAAAUAAAUAAAAUCUUUAAAAAAAAUAAAAUAAAGCAUCUGCCCAAUUAGUUUUCUUUUUCAUAAAUAAAUGUUUUAAAACAUAUAUCCUGUUCCAGAUGAGCUAGAAUCUUCGGUCUCUUUCUCUGUCCCUCUCUCACUGUCUCUUUCUCUUACUCUAUUUUUGUGUCUAUUACGUUUCUGUGUCUAUUACAUUUAGACCAACCCUGUCCCCUAAGUCAGUAAAUAAAACUUCUCAGUUUUUGUAAGUCAAUUUCAAAGGAGCAAUAGCAAUUUUCCUGGUUGAGUUAUUUUCAUUAAUCAACAUUCCUUUAUUAAACAUGGUAUAAUAACAAUGGAAUGGCUAGAUGUGAUCCACCUACUGUUGGGAUUAAAAUGGGUGAAAUUUCCAGAGAAUGAUUAGUGUUUAUUAUGAGAAAGUGACUUUGCAAUGAAUAUAAUAUAAUGAAAUGUUUUGGGCAACAAUGAUUUGUGUUCUUUUCCUCAUAUUAUUUGACAUUAGAGAAUGAUAAGAAUCAAUUUCAGUUCACUGUGUUAGUAUGAAAUAAGACUUAACAGUUUUGGGUUAUUGUAAUUUAUCUGUUUUCCCCUUUUGGCAGAGAGUAUGAGCUUAUGUUAGAUGACAUUAUUAUUUCUUUAUAUCUCAAAUAAACCUUUUUGAAACUGAA